UUCAACCUUGGCUAAAAGUAGAAAUUAGUAGAAUUAUCAGUGUUGAGAAUUUUUCUAAAGCUUGUUUGUGUUUAAGUAUUAAUAAAAACACUAUGACAGACGUGUCUUGUAUUAUCCUCGCAUCUGUAUUUGCCACUCUAACCUUUGCAACGAAACUAACUAUUUACCCUAAACAAGUGAUCAAAGACCAACCGGUGACUUUCGUCUGUGAAGCAGAGCCUCCAUCCAGUACUGUAACCUACAAAUGGCUACGAAAUGGUAACACAAUAGGAACUCUAACUUCCUCCAAGUGGACCAUAGAAAGAGCGUCUUUAGACACACGCAGCAAUUUUUCCUGCAUCGUAGAAACCAAAAACGGUUCAAUUUCUCGAGCUGAUAUUUUUGUCAAUGUUACAGCACGUCCAGGAUUUAUAAAAAAAUUGAGGCCUUAUUAUGGUUUUUCUGAUAAAAACACAAACGUUUCUUUGACAUGUAGAAUAGAAUGUUAUCCCCUGUGUAACAUACUGUGGUAUAAAGAUGACAAGAAAAUAGACAUCGAUAAUCCAUUGUAUUACUUAAAAAACGAUACACUUCCAGCCAAUUACGGAACCAACGAUUUUGAAUCAGUUGAGUCCACUUUAGUAUGGAACUUGAAAAACUGGCCGAAUCAACGUUUAAUUAAGAACGAUAGUCAGUCACAAUAUUCUUGUAAAAGCGAUACAAGUUUUGGCGAUGUUGAAUCGGCUACUUAUUUUGCAGUUGAAUAUGCACCAGAAAACAUUACGUUGUCAACGAAAACCGUUCUAAAUAUUAUAGAAAAUGAAACUCCAGAUCCUGUGACUUGUACGGCAAAAGGAAAUCCAGAAGUUGAUUAUGUCUGGAAACAUACUCCUACAGGUGUUGUAAAAGCGACUACCCAAACUCUUCGUUUAGAUGAAUUAUCAAGAGACCAAGAACAUAAUUAUACUUGUCAAGCUUCUAACAAACACGGGAUUACAACUACAGAGUUAUAUUUCAAUAUUUUGUAUAAACCAAGUUGUUUCAUAGAACUUGACAAAUUAGACAAUGAAGACGUUUUAAUUUGUAAAGCGGACGGAAACCCUAACGAUUUUAGGUUUAAUUGGAAGCUAGAUUCGUCUGAGGAAGAUUUAAAAGACGUUGUUAUUCAUGCGGAUUUUCACAGCUAUUUAGUUCUGAAUUCUACUAGACCCAACUUGACUAACUACCAAUGUCAAGUUCGUAAUUCUGUAGGUGUUGGUAAUCCGUGCAAUAGAACUAUACUAAGUAAACCGUUUCAGAUAGAUAUAUCUGGAGUGUCAAAUAGCGUUAAAGAAGGUGCUGAGGUUGUACUGAGAUGUGAUGUUACCACUACCCUCAUGGUACAAAUAAAUUGGUACAAGAAUUCCAAAUUGUUAAAAAACACAAUCGCUACAACUUUCUCUAAUAAAAGUGGCAUUAUUAUAAGCUCAAGUUUCUUGAGGUUUACUGCUUCUCGAACUGAUAGUUACGCAAGACUGAAAUGUUCCGCUACUAACAAAAUUUUAGAAAAAUAUGGCAUUCCUCUAGAAAAAACUAUACGUUUGGAAGUAGUUUAUAAACCAGUCGUGAGAGUAUCUUCCAACGAAACUACUUUUGUUGACGGUAAAAACCAAACUGCUGUCCUUUUGUGUAAAUAUUUUGCGCAUCCAAUAAGUCCAGUCACUGCUAGUUGGCUCAAGAAUGGAGCCGUUUUAAGAAGAAUGAACGGAAAGUAUACAUUUGUAACACAGAGGACGUUGUCUCUGAUAAUUGCCAAUGUUACAAAGGAGGAUAUUGGAGAUUACCGGUGCGUGUUAAGUAAUUCAGUAGGAGAAACCGCAUCAGGGAGUCUAUCUUUGGAUGUUCUACAUUCACCGGAUGUGGUAGUUACAAUGACAUCUUCAUUUCCCUCUGUAGCUUUCUUCCGGACCGAAAAUAUAAAAAUAAUUUUAAGUUGUAAGGUAAUUUCUGGAAAUCCGCUCUCAUUGUCAAAAAUCAACUGGUUUGUCAAUGAUUCCCUUCUGGAAGAUUAUAUUUCCCAUAAGCUUUACCAACCUCAAGUAGGAAAAGUGCUACUUAGUAACGACUCUCGCGUGGUAACUUUAGUCGAUGUUAGUGAGAACUACGUUAACAAUUUCACGUGUCAAGGUGUCAAUAAAGUUGGACCAGGCCCAAAAUCGGAACCUCUGGAAGUCAAAAUUUCUUAUCCUGACAUUCCAACAAAAAUAAUUCAACAUCCAGAAAGUGUUUUCAAAGGGGAUAAAGUUACUUUAGAAUGCUCUAUAGAUGCAGAUGUUCCAAGUAAUGUCACCUAUUUUUGGUUGAAAGACAAUCGUCUUCUCGAUAUUCACACAUCAAAGUGGACAAUCAAACAAGCGACUUUGGAACUUCGCAGAAAUAUUAGCUGUUUUGCCACAAGUGACAAAAGAACUAGUAUUCCAGCCACGAUUUCUGCGAAAAUACUAGCACGUGCUUCUUUUCUCAGCAGACUCAAACCUUACACGGGUGUACUAAAAUCCGGUCGUUUUGUUUCUUUGACUUGUAGGGUUGAAUGCUACCCGAUUUGCGCAAUUCUUUGGUUAACGAAAGGCCAAGUGAUCAUACCUGAUGCCUUAUAUGAUAUUAGUACACAAGUACACGCAGCUGACUUCGUUCGUAAUGAUUUCGAAUCGGUGGAAUCAACUCUGACUUUUUCUUCAAAUGAAAUCCAAGAUGAUACUUUGUAUACGUACUCUUGUCGAAGUGUUUCGCCAACAUUGUAUGAUCCAGAUGUUAGUGCCUCCACGGUUUUGGCUUUAGAAUAUCCCCCCGAGGAUAUAAAAGUGUCUGAAGUUUUUGUUGAAGUGGAGGAAAAUCACGUCCCUAAAAUAGUGAAAUGCGAAGGAAAAGGAAAACCUCUUUUGAUUACGUGUGGAGAAAAGCAUCCACAGAACGGGUAGUAGAAUUUGGCGACACUCUUUCUCUUGAUAGAUUAUCUAAGUCAGAAGAGGGUAACUAUACUUGUGAAGGAUACAAUAAACAUGGAA